AUGGACUACCUGAAGGUGCUGGAGCAUAUUUCCAAGUUGGGGACCAAACACUUUGCUAGAAGGGUUGAUCCUAUGGAGGCGGACGAGUGGAGAACCAAGUUGCGUACCAAUGGCACCAUUGAGCACUUUGCUGACUUCGAGGUUGAGUUCAACCAUAAGUACUUUCAUGCUGAGGCGUGGGAUCGUUUGGAGUCCAAGUUCCUGGACUUGACUCAGGGACGGAGGACUGUUCGUGAGUAUGAAGAAGAGUUCAACCGACUCAGGAGGUAUGUGGGAAGAGAACUAGAGGAUGAGAAGGUUCAGGUCCGAAGGUUCAUCCGAGGCCUAAGGGUGGAGCUUCGAACCUACUGUUCUGUUUGUAAGUUCCACACGGUUUCUGAGUUGCUUGAGAGGAUGGCCUUGCUGGAGACCAACCUCACCGAGGAGGGUAAGCAGAAGCUGAAGAGUGUGGUGGUAUCCUCGGGUCAGAGUGGUGACAAGAAGAGGAAGAGGGACUCGACCGAGGAGGGUAAAGCCUCAAGUGGUAGGUCAGAGUGCCCUAAGUGUGGUCGCUACCACGGUGGAGAGUGCUGGAAGGCCAUGGGCGCCUGCACUCGAUGUGGUAAGAUGGAUCACUCAGCCAAGGAUUGUCCAAGCCCGUUGGGUGAGUCCAGGACCUGUCACCACUGCGGCCAGAAGGGCCAUUACCGCAGGGAUUGCCCUAAGUUGCAAGGCAACCAGGGUAAGGGUCGUGGAGAGGCUAACAGGCCAGUCCAGGGACGAGGCCAGACCUCAACACCUCGUGUGUAUGAACUAUCCAAGGAUGUGGGUGGGACUCAGCCUUUCCAAGCGAUCACUGGAAAGGAGGCAACUGGAGCGUCUGGAGCAGUGGGGCAGGAUGGUGCUAAACAGACCGGAGUGUUACCAGCUGGAACCAUUCCAACCACAAAGCUACCCGCUCAGGUGGAGCAGGUGGGCAAUUUAACCGGACUUCCAGUGGGUCCAACUCUUCCUACUGAGGUUAAUGAAACUAAUGUGGAUGAGAAGCAAGAGCAAGUCCAUGGAGACGACACUGGGUCGUCCAAC